GGUACAUCAUCUACAUUUAUUUUCUUAAUCUUACAAACGCAUGAAAUAGAAAUGAACAUUUCUUGUCAUUUUUCUUUUUGAAAAGCAUAUUUUAAAAAAUGAACAGUAAUUGUUGUAAUUUUUUCCUUUUAAAUUUUCAUGAAUAUAUCAUUAUUUGAUAAUCAUACCAAACCAACAAAAAUCACUCAUUGAGUGAGAGUGACCUUUGCAGUGACGUCGCCCACUCGGAGUUGCGUAACAUAAGUAACCGGAGGAGACCGGAGGACGACUUAUUAAUUUCUUCUAUAAAUUAAUAGACCCCAGAAAUCAAUCACACAGUCGUCGUCCUGUAAAUUUUGUGGUUAUUUGGAUUAUUUUAUUAGUAUUAUCCCCACAGAAAUCAGAAAUGGCAACUGCUCAACAAGAAGUAGCUGCUACCACCACCCCCGCCUUUCCUCCGCUGCCGCUGAAAGACAGAGUAGCCAUCGUCACCGGCGGUUCCAGGGGAAUCGGCCGUGCCAUCUCCCUCCAUUUAUCCUCCCUUGGUGCCCGCCUCGUCAUCAAUUACACCUCCCCUUCCAGCUCCGACCAAGCCAAUCUCCUCGCCUCCCAACUCCCCGCCGCUGUCGCCGUCAAGGCCGACAUCUCCGAUCCCGACCAGGUCAAGUCCUUGUUCGAUUCCGCUGAGGCCGCUUUUGGCAGCCCCGUUCACAUCCUCGUCAACAGCGCCGGCGUCCUCGAUUCCAAGUACCCUUCCAUCGCCUCCACCGCCGUCGACGACUUCGACCGCACCUUCGCCGUCAACGCCAGGGGUGCCUUCUUGGUCUGCCGUGAGGCUGCCAACCGCCUCAAGCGUGGCGGCGGCGGCAGAAUCAUCUGCUUAACCACCUCCUUGGUCGCCGCCCUUAAGCCCUCCUACGGCGCUUACGUGGGUUCUAAGGCCGCCGUCGAAGCCAUGGUUAAGAUUCUGGCCAAGGAGCUCCGAGGGACUGGGAUUACCGCCAACUGCGUGGCCCCCGGUCCCAUUGCUUCUGACAUGUUUUUUGCGGGGAAGACGGAGGAGAUGAUUAGGAUGGCGGCGGAGCAGAGCCCGCUCGGGAGGCUGGGAGUGCCGGACGACGUGGCGCCGGUGGUGGGCUUUCUGGUCACCGAUCCCGGGGAAUGGGUGAAUGGGCAGAUUGUUCGGGUCAACGGCGGCUAUAUUUAGUAGCACUACUAGUAGUAACCGAAAUCUAUUUGGGCAUGGUGAUUUGUUGAUUUGGUAUCAUUAUUAUUAUUGAUCGUGUUAAUUAAUUAGUGUGUUUUCCAGAGAUUUUAUAAUCAUUAUCAUCGUCACUUAUCUUAAUAUAUUCCCUUCAUCUCAAAAUUAUUGUUUAGUCUAAAUUUUCAUUUUUAGUUCAAUUUAAUCUGUUUUAAGUGAACCAAAUGUACCCAGCUACCCUAUUAUAAUUAACAAACAAAAGGAGUCUCCUCUCGAGAAACAAGUUGCC